AAAGCCGAACGCCUUGUGUCAAUUUCAAAUCAAAACGAACUUUUUUUUCUGCACAAACGACCAUUUGAUACACUGUGACAUAGACGCACUGCCGCAUUUGCAACGGCUAUUCUUAUUAUCGAUAAGAGAUAUUAAAAAGAUCUUGGAAAACAAAACGGAAUUUUUCACAACAAAGUGAACAGUGAACACAAACAGUGAAAGAAAAAGAAAAAUAUUUGCGAAAAAAAGCACGAUGAGCGGAUCAAUGGAAACACCGAUUAAAACACCACAAUCAUCUCGAAAUUUGUCGACUGAAAAUAUGCUAAGCACUCCGCUGUUUGUUCCACCGACACCAAUGCUCAAAGAACUUGGAUAUGGAACUGGUGUUCACAUUUAUCGGAUUGAAAGAUCGCCAGCGAUUGGAAAAACAAGGUCACCGUGGGUUGUGAAGCGUUUGCGCGGUGCCAGAAAUAAGGAUGAAGUCAUUUCAUCACGUUUGUUGGCCGAAGCGAAUAUUUUGAAGUCACUGGACCAUCCAAACAUUGUCGGAUACCGUGGUUCGAAGACAUUAAACGAUGAACGGGUGAUAUUGGCCAUGGAAACAUGUGACACAUCAUUGGGUGAUUUGAUCGAGCAACGCGAUGAACUCUCAGCCGGACCACUUGAACCGCCAAAAAUCCUUAAAGUUUGCAUCGACAUAUGCAACGCGCUCGAUUAUUUGCACACAAAGGCGAAUUUGUUGCACGGUGACUUGAAAUCGUACAAUGUUCUCAUCAAAAACUCAUUUGAACAAUGCAAAUUGUGCGAUUUCGGUGUGAGUUUGCCGUUGAACAGCGAAGGAUUUGUUGAUUUGGAGAAAAAUCCAAAGGCACGUUACGUCGGCACCGAUAUUUAUUCGGCACCUGAAGUAUUCUAUGCACCGCCACAAGAUAUCAGUAGUAAAUGUGACAUAUUCAGCUUCGGUUUGAUUAUAUUUGAAUGCUUGACGUUGCGACCACCACACUAUGAGCAUCUCGAAGAGGGAAAUAUCAGUGGCAUGACAAUCGACGACAACGAUUUGUCGAUGAUGAGCAAUAGUUCGGUACUUAUUCAAGCGAAACAAUUAUUCAACGAUUCGGCCGACAGCAAAGAAAAUCAAUUGAACACCUCUGCGGCCGUCGCAUCAAAAGACACCACAUUGAAUGAGUCACAAGCGAUGUCGGUUAAGAGUACGGCAGCCACCAUUGGCGAUGAUACAAUUCAAGACAUCACCGGCACCACAUUCAAUGGCACAAUCAACCACACAUUGACCGAUGUGUCAUUUGAAAGUCAAAACUCAACCUCGAAUCGACCACCAAUGCGUGAUGUCAGCGCUUCAUUCAAUUCAACAUUUGGUUCAGAAGCGGAUUACAGUGUUUUGGAAAAGAGCAACGACCAAAGUUUGAACGAAUCAACCGAAACAAUUGCACCGUGGUAUGGAACACGGCCACGUCUUCCCGAAACACAUCAAUUCGAUGAAGAAUAUUUCAUUUUUUGCGAAACAUUUUAUGUUUGCACACAAGGAUUGCCAGAGGAACGUCCCGACGCUGGAAAUUUGCUGAUUUGCUUGAAAAAUGCGAAAACAAACAUUUAACCCAAAUUGUAUUUCGCUUUUGAUGUAUGCUGUAGAGCUAAAAUUUUGGUCUGAGGAAAAAAAAUUAUAUAUCGCUAAAAACUAUGAAACAUACUUAAAUACACUCUUUACUCAAUCCACUACUAUGUAGAUCUUUUUGGAAUGCAUUAUUUUUGUCCAUUUUUAAAAAUUUAUUUACAUUGCAAAAUACGAAAAGAGUAAGUUCCAUGGGUUUGAA